UAAAUAACUUUCGCAGGUCCACUUCUUCCCAUUACCUCAUCUUUUCAUGUUCAUCACUUGAUUAAUUCUUUCAGAGAAAAUUUCAGUCCUCCAAGCAAGAAUUUCAAUCUUCAAGUCCAUCUUUAUUGUGAACGCAGAAUCAUAUUUUGUGUUACCGUUGAAGUCUCUUCCCCUUUAACUACGCAAACCCAUCCAAGAUUUUCCUUAUAUUUGAUUAAAUCCCUGUUGAGUUCACUUCGAGGCCAACUCCUGAAAAAAAAAAUGAUCUUAUUAAAAGAAGAUGGUCUUGUCUUCUUUUCAAUCUUCAUUUUUUCAAUAAUCAAAGCUUUUGCUUCCCUCUCUUGCAACAGUACAUGCGGUUCCAACCAUCUUCCUUACCCUUUUGGAUUCUCCUCUGGUUGCAAAAUUCAAUUAAAUUGCAGCAGAAAUGGAAAAAUCCUUGUCAAUAAUGAGUUUCCUGUCCAAUAUGUAACCCAGGAUAAAAUAAGAAUCAAUGUUCAACCCCGAUGCAACCGUUCCAUCCAGGCCUUCCAAAGACUAUUUGCCAGCAACUUUGCACCCUCAUCAACUAACGCAAUUCUAUUGCAUAGCUGCAGCCGCAGCGUCCAGACAUGCAGGAUACCUGGCAUAAGUGUGGUGACUAAUCUCACUAUGUCUCUUAAUUGUUCAAAUAGCGGCCACUUAAGUUGCCUUUUCAAUUUAACUGACGAUGGUUUCUUCCCUAAGAGUAGUCAGCUUAGCCAGUGCCGGUCUUUUUUGUCAUCGAUAUCAGCCAACCUCUCUUCCACUUCCGGUGUGUCGUCGUUGGAGGUUCAGGUGAUGGACCUGCGAUGGUGGCUUCAGGGGGAUAAGUGUAAUUGUUCUAACCAUGCCAAUUGUAGUAGAGUUGUUAAAACUCCUGCUGGACCGGGAUAUCGGUGUGUGUGCAAAGAUGGUUUUCUCGGUGAUGGAUAUCCAGCUGGUGCCGGCUGCCGGAAAGCCUCUUGCCAUCUAGCAAAUUAUUUGUCAGGCCAAUGCGGAGGAGCUGCUAGAAUUGCAGUUUUAAUUGGAGGAAUUGCUGCUGUAGUAGCUUUCAUGGUCACUCUGGGUCUGCUAUGCUGUUUCAUUCGAAGAAGGUCAACUGCAAAAGCCAAAGGCUUCACAAAACUCCACCUAGCUGAAGCUACAGGCAUCAACAUUCCCAUCUAUCCCUACAGGGAAAUCGAGAAAGCCACAAAUAGUUUUUCAGAGACACAAAGGCUUGGCACUGGGGCAUAUGGAACAGUUUAUGCUGGUAAACUCCACAAUGGUUUAGGGGUUGCCAUUAAAAGGAUCAAGCACAGAGAUGGUGACAGCAUUGAUCGAGUCAUGAAUGAAAUCAAGCUCAUUUCAUCUGUGAAUCACCCGAAUUUAGUUCGCCUCUUAGGUUGCUCUAUAGAAAAUGGUGAACAAAUUCUUGUCUAUGAAUUCAUGCCCAAUGGAACAUUGUGCCAGCAUUUACAAAGAGAGAAAGGCGAUGGACUUGCCUGGCUGGUUCGCCUCACUAUUGCUUCUGAAACUGCUCAGGCUAUAGCUCAUCUCCAUUCUGCUAUCCACCCCCCAAUAUACCACAGAGAUAUCAAGUCAAGCAACAUACUUUUAGAUUACAACUUCAGGUCCAAAGUUGCAGAUUUUGGUCUUUCUAGACUUGGCAUUACUGAAACAUCCCAUAUCUCAACAGCCCCACAGGGAACUCCAGGGUAUCUUGAUCCUCAAUACCAUCAGAACUUCCAUCUUUCAGAUAGAAGUGAUGUUUAUAGCUUUGGGGUAGUUCUUGUCGAGAUCAUUACAGCACUGAAAGUGGUGGACUUUUCCAGGCCCCAGAAUGAAGUGAAUUUGGCUGCUCUUGCCAUUGACAGGAUUGGAAAAGGGAGGUUAGAUGAGAUUAUAGAUCCAUUUCUUGAUAUCCACAGUGAUGCUUGGACCCUUUCUUCUGUGCACCAAGUGGCAGAACUAGCAUUUAUAUGCCUCGCAUUUGAUAGAGACAUGAGACCUUCAAUGAUGGAAGUUGUAGCUGAACUGGAGCAAAUAAGGCUAAGUAGAUGGCCUUCAAUAGAAAUAAAUUGCACAUUUUCAUCGAAUGAAACAUCCUGCUCUUCUUCAUCUAAUAUCAGUGAGAAGCCCCUCAGCUUCACUGAUAAGAAUACUCACGUGGAAAAUAGCAGAGGUUUGUUUACAGAGACCAGUAGUGUGAAGUCAAUGGAAAUGGCGAAGGACAAUUCACCUGUUUCUGCGCAAGAUCCAUGGUUAAGUGAACAAAGCUCACCCUCAUCAAGCAGUCGGAUAAAUACUGUAAUUCAGUGAUUUUCAUUGGAUGCUUAGCUUCAUUUCUCCUGUGAAUAUUAUUAAGGUGAAUUUUGAGAUAAAACAUUUUUAUCCCUUUCAACCACUUCCUUAAGCAGUGGUUAGAAAGUUCAUUAUUCAGAAUGUUAUAGUGAUGCAAUGAAAUCAAUUGAAUUAAAUUUCA